UGCCCCCCACAGAUCCGCCUGACGGGGGGCCGUACGCGCUAUGAGGGGCGGGUGGAGGUGCUGAGUACGGAGGCUAACGGGACCAGGAGCUGGGGGCUGAUCUGUGGAGGGGCCUGGGGAACCAAGGAGGCCAUGGUGGUCUGCAGACAGCUGGGGCUAGGCUACGCUAACAACGGCCUGCAAGAAACGUGGUACUGGGACAGUAGUAAUGUAACAGAGAUGGUGAUGAGCGGAGUGAAGUGCACAGGGAACGAGAUGUCUCUGAGCCACUGCCAGCACCACAGGACCGUCAGCUGUCAGAAGACUGCUGCUAAGUUCUCUGCUGGAGUCAUCUGCUCAGAGACGGCAUCUGACCUGGUCCUGAAUGCUCCCCUGGUCCAACAGUCGGUGUACAUCGAGGACCGCCCCCUCCACAUGUUGUACUGUGCAGCGGAGGAGAACUGUCUGUCUAAGUCUGCUGCUAGCGCUAACUGGCCCUACGGACACCGCCGUCUGCUGCGGUUCUCCUCUCAGAUCCACAACAUCGGACGGGCCGACUUCAGGCCCAAGGCUGGACGCCACUCCUGGGUCUGGCACGCCUGUCACGGGCACUACCACAGCAUGGACAUAUUCACCCACUACGACCUGCUGUCGUCCAACGGGACCAAGGUGGCUGAGGGACACAAGGCUUCCUUCUGUCUGGAGGACACAGAGUGUCACGAGGGUAUCUCUAAGAGGUAUGAGUGUGCUAAUUUCGGAGAGCAGGGCAUCACCGUGGGGUGUUGGGACCUGUAUCGCCAUGACAUCGACUGCCAGUGGAUCGACAUCACCGACAUAAAACCAGGAAACUACAUCCUACAGAUUGUGAUCAAUCCAAACUUUGAAGUGGCAGAGAGUGACUUCACCAACAACGCCAUGAAAUGCAACUGCAAAUACGACGGCCACCGGAUCUGGCUUCACAACUGUCACAUGGGUGAUGCCUUCAGCGAGGAGGCAGAGAGGAAGUUUGAGAAAUACCCAGGACAGCUCAACAACCAGAUCUCAUAAUCUGCCUAGCAACACACAAAUCUCAUCAGACCCAUGUACAAACCAAAGAGCGGGGCUUGAUGCGUCUAACCGUGUUCAACAAUGGGACAACCAAUCACCAACCCCUCCAUCACCUAUCUACCUAUCAGAAACCCAAUUCAUUAUCAAAUCACAAACCAACCAACCGAUCACAACCAACAUCAUUAAAUCACAAGCAACAUCCCACAGGGCAGCAGCAGUGGUCUUAAGACCAGGAUUCAAUCCAAACGCAUUUUUGUCGGCUAAUGCACCUUUUAAAAGGCAA